AUGAGCUCGCCGCAGGAACAUCACCGUUCGAGCAGCCCUCGCGUGGGCUCGUUCAAGCGACCCUCCGUACUCAGUCCCGACAUCGAUCCGUAUCCCUUGGCCACGAGGGGCAACGGCGCCUUGGUUUCGCUCAUCAGGAACCGCUCCAACGCCACGUUGCGGGAGUCCCUCAAGAGCCCUGCUUACCUCCAGCUGGGGCACGACGAUGACGACCACGAAAGCACCUCGCUGCUGGGCUUCCUGCAGAACCACUCAGACGACGAUCACCACCACCGCUCCGCCGCCGAGGAGCGCCGCCUCAGCGAACUCAUCUUCGGCCCUCAGAUGAGGAGCAUGCGCCUUAUCGGAAACAGCAAUCCGCGCUACCAAUGGGAGCGCUACUGGAAGACCGAGGCCGAGCUCGAGGUCAUGCCAAUGCAUAUACGCAAAUACUAUGAGAGGAACAACGACCUGAUUCGCAUGUAUCUCUACAUCGACCAACUCUUGGAUUCAUCCGUGCCCCACGACCUGCUCAACGAGUACCACCAAGCUCUCGACGCCUCGGCAUACCGUCCCGUCGACGUGCCCCAGACCAUCACCGAGGAGUCGCCAACCCCAACCUCACCACCCUCGCGCGGCGGCCUCGCCUACGGCACCAGCGCCAAUGCUUCGGUUCAAAACAGCAGCACCGAGCAGAGCAGUUCGGCAAACAGCAUCCAGCAAAAGGCGGCGAAACGCAAACCCAAGGACAUUUUUCGCUCCACCGAGUCCACCCCACUUCUCAAUGGCAGCACCGACGAGGAGGAAGGUUUAGCCGACCAGCCCAAGCCCGAGAUCCCUUGGCUCGAGGAUGGCGACCUCGACAGCAGCGACCCCAUCGUCACCCUCGCCAUCUGGGUCAACUUCAUCGCCAACGCCUUCCUGCUCAUUGGCAAGGUCCUCGUCGUCAUCUCUGUCCCCUCCGUUUCCGUCCUCGCCAGCUUGGUCGACGCUGUUCUCGACUUCCUCAGCACCGCCAUCGUAUGGACGACAACCCGGCUCAUCGCCGCCAGCCAAAAUGACCAGCACUCCUACCCAGUGGGUAGACGGCGUCUUGAACCCCUUGGUGUACUGGUUUUCUCCAUCGUUAUGGUCACAUCGUUCUGCCAGGUCGCGCUGGAAGCCAUCCAACGCCUCAUGUCUCCAGACCACGAAAUCGUCCAACUAGGCAUUCCUGCCAUUGCUAUCAUGGUGGGCACCGUAGUCAUCAAGGGUUUAUGCUGGCUCUGGUGCCGUCUCAUCAAGAACUCGAGCGUUCGAGCCUUGGCUGACGACGCCAUGACUGAUGUCAUCUUCAAUACCGGUUCCAUAUUGUUCCCCAUUGUCGGCUAUUUUGCCAGGAUCUGGUGGCUCGACGCCCUCGGCGGCCUGCUUUUGUCGGGCGUCGUCAUCGUCAAUUGGAGCCAGACUUCGAUGCACCACGUCCGAAACCUGACAGGGUUCUCAGCCACUUCGGACGAGAGAAAUCUCCUGCUGUACCUUACCAUGCGUUUCGCCACGUCCAUCAGGCAGAUCCAGAACCUGCGGGCCUACCACGCCGGCGACAAACUCUUUGUUGAGGUCGACAUCGUCCUCAAUGCCAACAUGCCGCUCAAGGACAGCCACGACCUCAGCGAGGUCCUGACCUAUUUCCUCGAAUCAGUGCCAAUUGUCGACCGUGCCUUCGUGCAUGUUGACUAUGCGACGUACAACGUUGACACUCACAUCGCGCAAUAG